AUGCCUCUCCUCCACAUUAUCUUUCCCACGUCCUUCAUCCUUGUGGUAUCCACAGCAGUACUAGCAUCUCAGCCGCACUUUGAUACUUCUGCAGUGCGUGUCCAACUUCCUCCUUUUGAUCUGUCUGAUGAUGUGAUGCUCUACUUGUUUCCACAGAUCUUUGGAGAUAACAUUGGGUCAGAACACGUCAAGGUUCCUUCACAAGCACCAGCUGAAAAUUGCCGACCCUACUUUACCACGCCUCAAACUGUGAAAAAACUGCUGGAGCAAAAGCGCCAACAGAAGAGUGCCCAAGCAUCUGCAUCUUGUGUGGAAUAUAAUCAGGAAGUAGAUGCCGCCGGCUCCUUUGCCCAGCACUCCCCACAAGAUAAUGAAGACCUCUUGUUCCCAAGGCAUGGCACCCACUACAACUAUCCCGUCCUGGAAGACCUGUAUCCCUCAGGAUCUGGGACCUUGUAUGGUCAGGAGAGAAGAUAUGAAGGAGGAAGAAGGGACAUUCCAAGUGUUGACCCAGAGAUGGAGGUUUCCUUCUCAUCCAGCACCUACGUGGCUCCUUUUUCCCAUGAUGCCUCCUGGUCUGGACACUCUCAGGCCUCCUACCCUGGGGCUGACCCUUUUCUGAGGGUACCGGGGGGGGCUGUUGUUCCGGACAUGGUGCCACUGGACUUGGAAGAUGCCAGAGUGGAGAUUCAGAACCUGAGCCCAGAUCAACUCCUGAUCCGCGAUGAGGACGGAGACACGAUCCUGCACCUGUAUGUGGCGAGGGGGCUGCGCAGUUGGUCCUAUGCAGUGGCUGAGCGAUACUUACAGUACGGCCAGUUGGACACCAGGGAGCAUAAUGGCAAGUCUCCCCUUCUAGUGGCUGCAGCAGCCAAUCAGCCGGAGAUCGUGUACGACUUGAUCACACUGGGGGCCGACGUGAACGCUUCUGAUUGUAAGGGCCAGACUGUUCUGCAUGUGGCUGCCACAUAUGGAUUCUCUGAUGUACUGAGGGUCCUUGUCUCUCUCCAGCGGCAGCAAAAUUUUGACGUGGAGGUCAGAAACUAUGAUGGCCUGACUCCCCUACAUUGUGCAGUAAUCAGCCUGAAUUCUGUCUAUAAUAGCAAAAGACUUCAGCCCACCCAGGAGAACCAACAACAGGAGAGGGAGAGAAUGACCUGUGUUCAACUCCUGUUGCAGCUCGGAGCCAGUUGUGCCAGUCAGGACAUCAAGAGCAGCAAGACAGUUCUCCAUCUGGCAGUGCAAGCUGGGAACAUCCCCCUGGUCAAGUUUCUCCUGAAUUUGCCCCACACUGACCUACCAGCUCUCAUCAACCUGAAGGCUCAUGGAAACACAGCUCUCCAUAUGGCAGCUGCUCUUCCUCCUCACCAAUCUGCCGAGUACCUGAUUCAGCUGCUGCUUUCCUUGGGGGGAGAUCCAAGCAUGCGUAACCUGGAGAACGAGCAGCCCGUCCACCUGGUUCCACCUGGGGAGCUCUCUGACCAGAUAAAGCUCUUGCUGAAGCGCCGCCGCAUUACAUCAUCAACACGCCACCAGUCAUCUUCUUCCUUAUAGGAACCACCAAGAUAAGGACCACUUUACCCGUCGUUGAGACCUUUCCAUUCACAGAAGGAGCCUGUAUUUCUUUGGUUAAAACACACGGCCCACGUAGGUAGAGCCAGAAAGGUUCUGCCGAAGAAUUGGUCCACUUCUAUUUUUCCAUAAUCUCCUGGUUUCUAUGAAACUGCCAUCCAUUUCUAAUAUUGAACAAACUCUCAUUUCUGCAUACCUCUCAACUGUCCCAUUUUUUAGUGAAUAUUCUUAUUCGAAAACCCCUCAGGGUGGGAUUUACUGGCAAGAGGGGAGGCUAUGGUGCUAACGGUAGGUGUGGCUAACUGGUAGAGUCAGAUUAUAUCGAUUUAUUGGUUAAUUGGUGAAUAUAAGACACACGGGCUCUUUUUGAUAGACAAUCAGAUUAGCAAAAAAACUUGGAUUUUAAAUUGGACACAAAUUUUUAAAUUUUAAAUAUUUAAAUUUUUAAUUUAAAAUGUCA